AUGAUUUCCAUGGUGCAACUACUGGAUCGGCUCAGAGGCGAGGCAGCGGAUUGUCCAGUGACAUUAACACGAAAAAGCGAGCGCUCAGAUACUCUGAAUCCGACCGACUGCGAUGCAGGGAUCACGAGCGACGGGUCUGGCCCCGUCAUCAGUUGUGAGGUGCCUGAGGUGUCCCUAACUGACGACUCGGUAGCGGCCUUUGUGCACACACCAGCGAGCUUUGUUUUUACAGUGGUCAUGGGCCACGGGGGUCAUAUUGCUGACAGUGGCCUGAGAGAUUCACAACCCAAUAGAUUUCAUUCAACGUGGCGCAGAUCCGAAGUGGUCAGAGGGCUCAUACGAAGCGCUAAUGCACCAACUGCCGUGUUCUCGUCAUUUAUAACCUUGAAGCCACCAAUCUCGCCCCACGUGCAGGACAAGGAGCUUGUAUUUGCCCUUAGCGCCGCGGUCUACCUUUUGCAGCAGCUUACGACGGCGAUCUCACCACUUCACCUCAUGACCGCCAUUGUGCAGUACAAUCCGCAAUACAGCGCCGUACAAAGCAUGUUUGCGGGGCUGGCGCCGGCGUUGCUGGCACAGACCCCCCCCGGACUCAUCCCGAGCCUGCAGUACCUACCCAAUGGGGUCCUGCGGGACGUAUUCCCACCCAGGGGCAACGAAACAGGCAUCGGCUCAAACGUGUUUCAGUCGGCAGAACAGCGCGAGGAGGCCGUCGCUAUGGUUCGUGAGAACACUACAUCACUGCACCGGCUGUACGACACGGUCCAGGGACAGGUUUUCUUAGUGGCGCGGACCCCCAUUUUUGUGUCUGGAAUGGCACCGAACGAAACCUUUGGCAACCCGGACACGCUCGAUCCGUACUGCGGCGCGGCAUGCGGCUAUAACGCCACAAGCCGCACCAAAUUUUGGGGCUUCGCUGCGGUGCAGAUUAGUUUUGAGGUUGUGACGGACUUCAUCACUAGCAAGCUCGCGGCUCUGGAAGGCUUGGGUUUCCAAUACGAAAUCCGGGGGCUAGGUCUUGCGCCCGACACAGUGAUCCGGUCCAGCCAAACUCGUGAAGCGGACGCCGUGCGAGUGACGCUGCCCAUUGCCGACAAAAAUUGGGAGGUCUCUGUAUCCAGAACGGCCGGUCGGCGGUCCGGCGUUUAUCAAGGAUUGUUGGCGGGCGUCAUCGUAUUAGCGGUUGCCUUGGCGCUGCUGAUGUUCGCGGCUCUGGUGUCCCGGAUAACCAGCGAUCGUGCAGCAAUAACCGCUUCAGCUGAGAUUCGAACCCCAAACUGA